AACCCUCCUCAAUUAAUCGCAAUUCAGAAAACCCUAAAGCAAAAGAGGCUUUGUUGAUGUCUCUGGUCCCAAUUGCACAGGCUCAGCCCAUGGAAUCAGAGUCUCCAGUUGGUUUUGAUGUGCUCAAAAUUGAUGAAGGUAUUGCUAAAGGAUCACUAGAAUUUGAAGAGUGGACAACGCUUAUUUCAGAGAUUGAGAAAUUGUAUCCUGAUGACAUUCAAAAAAUAUGCUUAGUUUAUGACUCCUUCUUGUCUGAGUUUCCCUUAUGCCAUGGAUACUGGAGGAAGUACGCUGAGCAUAAGACACGCUUAUGCACUGUUGACAAGGUUGUUGAAAUCUUUGAACGAGCUGUCCAAUCAGCACCGUACUCUGUUGGUGUGUGGGUUGAUUUCUGUAGCUUCAGUAUAUCAGUUUUUGAGGAUCCAUCUGAUAUUCGUAGAUUGUUUCAAAGGGGCAUGUCCUUUGUUGGGAAAGAUUACUCGUGCCAUACUUUGUGGGACAAAUACAUUCAAUUUGAGUUUUCUCAGCAGCAAUGGAGUUCACUAGCACACAUUUACAUGCAAGCUCUGCGAUUCCCAAGCAGGAAGUUGCAUCACUAUUAUGAUUGUUUUAAGAAGUUGGUUGCCUUUUUGGAAAAGGAGAUGGAAUGCCAGAGCAUUUCUGCUGUUGAAAAAUUAGAAGCAGAGCCUGUGCUUGAUAACAAAGUGUCAAUAUGUUUUAAGAAUGACGAGAUUUCUUCAAUCGUAAAAGACCUAUUGGAUUCAUCUGCUGGCAUUGCAAGAUCUAAAGCACUGCAGAAAUAUCUGUUAGUGGGAGAAUGGUUAUACAAGGAAGCAUGCCAGUUGGCUGAAAAAAUUUCCUGCUUUGAAGCUAAUAUUCGGAGGUCUUAUUUCCAUGUCAAGCCUCUAGAUGCCAGCCAAAUGGAUAAUUGGCAUUGCUAUCUGGACUUUGUUGAGAUGCAAGGAGAUUUUGACUGGGCUGUUAAACUUUAUGAGAGGUGCUUGAUUCCCUGUGCCGGUUAUCCUGAAUUCUGGAUGCGUUACGUGAAAUUCAUGGAAUCUAAGGGAGGAAGAGAAAUAGCCAAUCAUGCUAUGGACCGAUCAACACUAAUUUUUUUGAAAGGAGUCCCAGUGAUCCAUCUUUUCAAUUCCAGGUUUAAGGAGCAAAUAGGAGAUGUGUUUGGGGCCCGCGCCUCUUUUCUGAAGUGUGAGGCAGACUCAGAUUCCAACUUUGUGGAAAAUGCUAAAAUGAAGGCGAACAUGGAAAAGCGGCUGGGAAAUUUUGAAGCGGCUUCUAAUGUAUAUAAAGAAGCACUAGAAAUGGCUGCUAUGAAGAAAAUGUUGCAUUCUCUUCCCAUUUUAUAUGUUCAUUUUUCUCGACUUACAUAUACGAGUACUGGUAGUGCAGAUGCUGCUAGAGAUAUCUUAGUGGACGGCAUCAAACAUGUGCCUAACUGCAAAUUACUUCUAAAGGAGCUGAUAAAUUUCACAAUGAUGCAUGAAGGGCCAAGGCACAUAAAUGUGGUAGAGUCUGUUAUAGCUAAUGCAAUAUCUCAAGGGCCAGGUGUAUCUCAAGGACUGGAUGCGAAAGAUGCGGAGGAUAUUUCAAGCUUAUAUUUAGAGUUUGUUGACCUUUGUGGAACCAUCCAUGAUUUAACAAGGGCAUGGAACCGGCACAUAAGAUUGUUUCCACACUCUCUAAGGACAGCUUCUUCUAAGCACCCAACUACCGAUGCAAAAGCCUUGAAACUGGCUAAGGAAGUAAGAGAAGAAACUUUUGAUUCUAGUUCUGGCCUCUUGAUCCAGCUGCCUUUAGAAGACGAUAAAAUGUCACCAACUGAAAGUCCUGAUACCCAGGCUCCAACUAACAUAUCAGAAGAGAGACUACCAUCUUUAGACAAUAAUGAUAAUCAGUUUGAGUCGGUUACCAUUGACCAACUUCAAUCAAGUGAAGCUGAUAACAGCUUACAGGAAAGAUUAGAACAGGAAUCUCCAAAAGUUUCUGAAUGGCCCAGAGGCAAUAGUCCCGAACCAAAUGUGCCAUUAGUACAAGGAGAACAGCUAUCUCUGAAAGUUCCUCAGCAGCGAAGAGAUUCUCCUGAACCAAGUGUGUCAUCUUUGGAUUUAAUACGAAUUAAACAUGCAUCUCAAGAAGUUUCCAAGCAGCCUAGAGAAGAUACUUACAAACAAAAUGUUUCAUCCGUAGACCUAGUUAGUAAUGUCGCUAACGGAACUGAAUUUGUGCAAGCUUCUCAAGAAUACUUAAAAGAGUAUGAUGUUCAGAAACAGUGUGAACAUGAUAUGAAGCCACCUUCAUUGGAGAAUCUCUCCUUGAACACUCAGAAUGAUACAUCUCCAGAUUCUGUUCCCUCUACAUCUCACAAGCGGGAAGCUCCUGAAGAAACCUGUGUGUCAAAUGGAAGCAUGAGAGAGAGCAGUUGUAAUGCUAGUCCAGAUGCUUCCUUGUACGGCCUAUUAGAUACUCAAGCUUCUGCCAGAACUGAAAUUGAAGUGGUUAAUUCCUCAUCUUCAAUGAGCCAUCAAAAUCUUAUUCCAACACAGGCACUCAGACAGCCACAGUUUGCUGCAAAUAUUGGUGGAAGCUGGCGUCAAAAGAAUAAUUCUGAUAGAUUUCAUAGAAAUUCUAAAUUUGGUUUUCGUGGCCAGCAUUCACAGCGAAAACCGCGUCAACAGCGGCAGGAGUCUCCUCAACAGUACUCACAGGCUGAAAUGGAUCCCCAAAUACCCCAAGGUUAUUCUAGUCAGCCUUUGCCUUCUCUAAAUACACAAGUUCAGCAAAGCAGCGAAGCACAAAAUCAGUACCAAGCAGCAGCUGCUCAAACUAAUAUACCAACGCAGCAUGCCUGGCCUACACAAAACAAGCAGCAACAGAGUUUUGCCACUGCAUCUCAGUCUCAACUGCCAGCUCCUCAUGCUUCUUCUCAGACAUCUCAAUAUCCAAUGCAAAGUAAUGGGCAGUAUGGGCAUAUGCAAAAUAGCGAAUAUAAUCAGAUGUGGCAGUAUUAUUACUACCAGCAACAGCAGUUUCUUCUACAACAACAGCAGCUGCAACUGCAACAGCAGCAGCAGCAACAGCCCCAGCAGCAGCAGUAUCAGCAGCAACUGCAACAACAUUACCAUCAACAACCAUCCUUUCAGCAUGAGCAACAGCUUCAGCAACAACAACUACAAUACAAUCACCAGCAACAGUUUCAGUUCCAACAACAAUUUCUGCAGCAGCAACAACAGCAUCUAUUUUACCUACAGCAGCAACAACAGCAGCCACUACAACAUCAACAGCAGCAGCCAUUGCAGCAGCAACAGCAGCUGCCACUGCAGGAGCAACAGCAGCUGCCACUGCAGCAGCAACAGCAGCCACCUCUACAGGAGGAACAGCAACAAGAACUAGAACAGAAAGAACACCAGCAACAUAAUACUCCAUCAGAGGUCCAAACAUAGAAUGUUAACAUCAACAAGAUGUUAUUAGAAGCUGUAUUAUGUGAACAAUUACUUGGCCAAAAUAAAAUAUAUAUUAUUAGAUCAACGACUUUUUUACU